CUGGAGAUGUUGCUCAGUGAUAGAGUGCCCCUGGGUUCAUUACCCAGUUCCAUGAAAAUAAGUAAAAGAAUUGGACUGGGACUGGGUUUGUGGCUCAGUGGUAGAGUGCUUGCCUGGCAUACAUUAAGCACUGGGUUUAUUCUUAGCACCGCAUAAGUAAAUAAAAUAAAGGUAUUGUGUCCAUCUACAACUAAAAAAAAAUUAACAAGAAGGGUAACAUUGCUGCUGUGUUUAGAGUAGUCUGUAGGGGAACAGGGAGGAAGUUGGGAGCCCACUGUGGGGGGUGUUGUUGUAAGGUGGAGCUGCUGGAUUGGGCAGGGGCCUUUCUGUGUGCCUCCAGGGUAGGAGUGGGGGGUGUGUGUGAAUGGGCAGCUUUGUAUCCCUCAGUAUAACCAUUCUCCAGGUAGGGACUUUGGGGCUCUCAGGCUGUCUCCCUUGGGAGGUCCCUGCCUCCUGCACUUUUAUGGUCCACAUGUAGUUGGGUCUCUGCUGAGAAACCAGUUCUUAUAUCUCAGGAUUAUCAGACCUAAGUGAAGGAACUUCCAAAAAUAGCAAAUGAGCUCCACUGCCCAGGCCAGCCUGUUGUCCAUACAGGCUGUUUACAGAAUGCUUUGGCUCCUGCCAUCUCAGUGAAGGCCUUUUUUCUCUGAGUGAGGACUAUACCAUGGCAACUUAGGUGUGGGCCAUAGGCAGGGAAAGGAGAAGGCUGCCUUUUGAGGGCAGAGGUCUUCCAGGGAGGGUGCUGUGUUUCUGGAGCUGGAGGACUCAGAGGCCUGGCUCAGCUAAGAGUACAGAAUGCCCAUGUGUCCUUCAGCCUCAGCUGGUGCCCCCCAGGAACACUGGCCCGCCAUGAAGGGAACAAAGAGAACCAGACCUACAGAAAGGAUGUGCACAAUUAAUCAGAGUGCCCAUAUCGACUUUAGCCAGUGACAGACCUUUCUAUGUCACAUACUUCUGAUCUCAACUAUUAAAUGUGUUGGGUACUAUGUACUCAUGAUACUUUUUGGAAAAAAACAGGAAUGUAGGAACAAAAUUUUCUAAUUAAGUCCCUCAGUGCAGUGGCAUUGAGACCAGAGGAUCCCAAGUUUGAAGCCAGCCUGGGCAACUUAGACCCUGUCUCAAAAUAAAAUGCAAAAAAGGGUGGGGAAUGUAGUUCAGUGGUGGAGUGUCCCCAAGUUCAAUCCCCAGUACUGGAGAGGAAAAGAAAAAAAAAAAAUCCCUUUGCCCACAUAUAAAGCAUUUGACACUCCUAAGAGUGUAACUGCCCACAUUGUUCAGUACCAAAGCAAAAACAAGAACAGAGAAAGAAGGUGCCAGGCAAAGCAAUCAAAAGGCACACCACUUCUGGACAUCUAACAUGAGCACAGACAUGUCCUCAUUGUUGAAGCCACUUUGACCAAUUGAUCUCCAAGAACAACUUCCUCAAUCUGCUGUCUGGCAGGGCUCACAGGCCCCUUCUCACGCCUGCUCCUCAUCUGCAGGCCCUGGUCCUGCCCUCUGUGAAGUCAGAACUACCGACUGCACCCUGAUUGUGAAGGUGAUGGACUUUAUUUCAUGAGACAAACUUCCAACUUUCCAGCAAAUGCAUGUACAUUUUGUACGAAGUUGGACAUUCAGUGAGCAGUUCUGAAUCCAUUCCAACAGCCCACGUUCCUAUAUGGUGUAAAUGAUCUCAUAAGUUAAGGCUGCAGAUUUAUUCACAUCGAUCCAUCUCAAACAGGUUGUGAGUUUUCUGAUGCCAUCACUGACUUGCUGCUUUCCUUUCUUGGACAAUGUCUGUUAAAACUGUGCCCAAGACUUCACUUGCUUUACAAGUUUUUUCAUGGGAACAAACUUACAACCCUAUCUCCACUGUCCAGGGCUCUAGGCACACACUGAAAUGGCAGAGGCAGAGGGGUUGGGGGAGCCUGCCUGGCAGAGGAGGAGGGGAGCAGGUGAUGCUAUGUUGCACUUAGGUGACCUCACAGAGGGGCUGUGGGUGGACCCUGCAAAGAACUGAAUCAAGACUCUUCACUUAGCAGUCUUCCUGUCUUCUUCCUAAGGAGGGAGAGAAACCAUUAAGGAAAACUAUUCAGGAUGCAAUGCUUUGUAAGGUCAACUAUCCAAGACCACCUCAGAAGGCAGAAGGGAGAUGGCAGCCCAGGAACAUGGGGACAUAUAGACCACGAACCAGGUGGGGCAGUGGAUGGAAAAUGACCAAGGAAACUUGAGGUUAAAGGGACUUCUGGUGAAACUGACCUAGCAAGGUUCUUGUUACAAUGGGACAGUGCACAAAGGAACAUGGAAGCCGGAAAGUUAGAUGUGAGCAAACUAUGCCAUUAACACACUUCAUAUUUGUAAAUUCCACAACGUCAGAUUUUAUUGAAUAAAUUAACAGGUUACAUCACAUCACCUUUAAUUCAAAGAUACUCAUGGUGUGAUUGGCAAUCACAAAUUAUUCUGCUCCCAUUUUAAUUACUAAUAUCGUUAACACUGAAGUCACACGUCAAACUUCAAGGAUUUGUGAGUUACAGAACUGCUGGGGAAGGGCUACCUAUGGCCAGAGUUUAUUUACUGCAGUGCUGGGGAUGAAACCAAGAGCCUUGCGCAUGCCCGGCAAGUGCUCUACUCUUGAGCUACACCCUCAACCAACUCUUGAAGACAGAGUCUGGCUAAAUUGGUCAGGCUGCCCUUAAACUUGCAAUCCUCCUGCCGCGGCCUCCCGAACCUGCGCCGGCGGCUUUUUUUUAGAACUUUGUAUACAUAUUUUUAGUUUUCGAUGACUUUUAUUUUUUUAUAUGCGAUGCUGAGAAUCGAACCCAGUGCCUCACACAUGCUAGGCAAAGUUCUACCACUCCCCAACUCCAGUCCGUCUUUUUUUUAAAGUUUAUUUUUUGUAGCACUGGGAAUGGGCCCCCGAAUGCCAGGCCAGCGCUGCACACUGAGCCUCAGCGCAACCACAGAUUUUGCACAGCCUAUUUUGGGCGUUAAGGUCAUCCUUGGCUUCAUCUCGUUUUCCCUUCCCUAUAACCUGGCCGUGCUACCUCCUCCAUUUGAUCAAGCGCUUCUUUAAACCAGCCUUAUCGGCACUGUCAGGAGACUGCGGUGACGAAGUGGACUAGUACCAGUCCUCCGGAGCCUGGCGGUCAGAGCCCGCAGGUGGGGCGGGACAGCCCCGCGAACCACCACCGAUGGCGCCGACUCUCUGGAGUCCUAGAACAGCCUCGGAAGCACACGGGGCGGGGCUUCAUCUCGCUUCCGGCCUCGGCGGUCUCCGGGGGGAAGGGGCUGCCCGCGCAUGCGCAGCUAGGCAGUCCCUCCCGCUUCUCUUCUGGCCCUGUCUCCGGCUGCCGCUGACUGCUGCCGGGCUUGGUCCUGGCGCCCUUCCUGCGGGCCGACACUGAGGUGAGGCUUUUCGUGGCUCCGCCCGCAAUGCGGGUAGCCCGCGGCGGGCGGACCGGGCUGGCAGGUGCGAGGGUAUCACGGGGAAAGACACGCACCGAGCGAACGAGUUCGACGGUUGCGGGACGCGCCGGCAGGCUGGUUCCCGCCGAAGGCGCUGUCGGAAGCUGUCUCGGGACCUGUGAGCCCUUCGGUGGGGAAAGCCGAAGAGUUGGCAGUGUGGACCCACGUCCUGCCACUGGGGGCGCGGCUCUGAGCUCUGCGGGUGCUGGCUCCUCCGCUCCCUCGGACCGCGCCGGGCGCAACGCCGUCCGAUCCCAGGGCGCGAUGCCGCUGACCUUCCAGGACGUGGCCGUGUACUUCUCCCCAGCGGAGGGACAGCAGCUGGGGCCCCAGCAGCGGGCGCUGUACCGGGACGUGAUGCUGGAAAACUAUGGGAACGUGGCCUCACUGGGAUUCCCUGUCCCUAAGCCAGAGCUGAUCUCCCAGCUGGAGCAAGGGGAAGAGCUGUGGGUCAUGGAUCUUCUGGGGGCUGAAGAAUCAGAGGUCUUGAGAACCUGCCAAACAGAUUCUGAGACUGGGACUGAGAAGGAACUGUCCAUUCUAAACCAGGAAUGUUCUGAAGAAGUGAAGAGCCCAGCAUUUGUAUCAAGAUUUUCAAGGGCCAAUUCACAGGCACCUGUGUUCCAGGAACCUUGGGACCUGGAGGGUAAAGGAGAAGGGAACCUGAGAAAUGCUGCUGGGCAGAGUUUGAAGAAACCCCAUCUGCACAAGAGAGUCUUUAGAGAAGAGUCUGUCCUCUGUAGGGAGCAGCCUCCAGGAGGGAGAACCCAGGAGUGUGCUGCUUUUGAUAGACACUUAAAUCCAAACCAAAAUGUUGUUAGACUUCAAAGGAAUAAAACAGGAGAGAGAGUCUUUAAAUGUGAUAUAUGCAACAAAACCUUCAAAUAUAAUUCAGACCUCCGUCGACAUCACAGACGCCACACUGGGGAAAAGCCGUAUGAGUGCAGUUGGUGUGGGCGAGCAUUCACGCACAGCGCAAGCCUCAUCUUGCACCGCCGCGUCCACACUGGGAACAAACCAUUUAAAUGUGAGGAAUGUGGGAAAACGUUCGGGCUCAAUUCCUACCUCAUUCUGCAUCGGAGAAUUCACACUGGAGAAAGACCCUUUGGGUGCAGCGAAUGUGGGAAGGCCUUCAGUAGAAGCUCCAGCCUCAUUCAGCAUCGCGUCAUUCACACAGGAGAGAAGCCUCACAAGUGUGAGGAAUGUGGCAAGGCCUUCAGCCAGAGCCCCCAGUUAACUCAGCACCAGAGGAUCCACACAGGGGAGAAGCCGCACAAGUGCAGUCAGUGUGGCAAGGCCUUCAGCCGGAGCUCCAGCCUCAUUCAGCACCAGAGGAUCCACACGGGGGAGAAGCCCCACAAGUGCAGUCAGUGUGGCAAGGCCUUCAGCCAGAGCUCCAGCCUUUUUCUCCAUCAUAGGGUCCACACUGGAGAGAAACCCUACGUGUGCCGUGAGUGUGGCCGGGCCUUUGGUUUCAACUCUCACCUUACUGAACACACACGGAUUCACACCGGAGAGAAGCCCUAUGUGUGUGGUGAGUGUGGCAGGGCCUUCAGCCGGAGCUCCACUCUUGUGCAGCAUCGCAGGGUGCACACGGGGGAGAAGCCCUACCAGUGCUCUGAGUGUGGGAAAGCCUUCAGCCAGAGCUCCCAGCUCACCCUGCACCAGCGCGUCCACACUGGCGAGAAGCCCUACGAGUGCCGUGCCUGUGGUAAGGCCUUCAGCCGGAGGUCGACCCUCACUCAGCAUCAGCACAUCCACACGGGAGAUAACCCUCGCCAGCGCAGAAGGGGUGGUCCAGCCUUUGCCCGGGACUCCAGCCUGAUGUCCACUGGAGAGCGGCAUGGCAGAGCCUUCAGCCGUGGUGCGGACCUCAUUCUGCAUUGGACAAUUCACACUGGUGAGAAACCCCUGGGGUGCAGUGAAUGUGGGAAGACUUUCAGCCCCACCCCACAACCCAUUGAGUACCAGAGAAUCGAGGCUGGAGAGAAACCACACAAAUGUCAACAAUGUGGAAAGGCUGUCAGCGGGGAUUCAGCCCUUACUCAACAUCAGGUAACUCAUGUUGGAGAGACGCCCCCACUAAAUGAUGGUUCUGAAAGAUAUUUUAUUCAUAUCAAAAAGAUUUUCCAAGAAAGACAUUUUUAAGUUAUAAAAUUAGGAAACAAUUUAGCAACUGUUCAUUUUUAUGUUGGAUAGGCUAGCAUAGUGAAAGUUAAAUAAGAGGGUCUACAUAUUACUAGCAAAGCAAAAUACACGACUUGGAUGACUACUAAAGUCAUUAAAUUUGAAAGUACAUGGGAGAAUUCAGUCUGGAAAAUACAGUUGUACAGAAGCUAUUGCGGUGCUCAGGGUGACCCCUGUGGCACCACCUUCAGACCCUUGGUAGGAGAUCAACAGUGAGCCACUGGCCCCAGGCUGCCCGGCCCCAAGGGGUCAGCACCUUGCGUCCCCUUCCUGCCUGAGCCCAGCUUGUUGCUGUGAACACCGACUGGGCAGGGUGAGCAUUCCCUCUCGUGCCUGCAGGCAGGGGGCGCUUCCUCCCUUGCCCAGUUUUGGCAUUUGUAGAGUGAAGGUUGCUCUAUUUUCAGUUCUAAGAUCUGCAGUUGAGCAGAGGCCUCAGGGCCAGUGAGGCUGGGCUGCCAUGAGGCCCCAUUCUUAAGAGCUGAACAGCCAGGCUUCUUGUUGUUGUUGUUGUUGUUGUUGUUGUUGUUUUUGUUUUCUUUUUUCUUUUUGCAGUGCUAGGAAUGGAACCCAGGGCCUUGUGCAUGUAGGCAAGUGACUACCACUGAGCUAGACCCUCGCCCCAGUGACCAGCCUUCUUGAGUCACAUUUUACAAAGUAAGAUUCACUCUUCAGCAUAGAGCUCUGUGGGCACAGGUGUGCAGGCACACGUCAAGCAUAGAACCUGCCUCAGCAGCCAGGCUCCCCGCCGGCACAGGAAGCCCCACCCAGCACACCCUGCUUUGUUUUCUGUCCUCAUGGCCUCCCGGUUCCAGAAUCCCACUGUGUGGAGCCAUUUGAAUCUGGCAUCUUUUACUGAAUGCAUUGGAGAUCCACCCCGGUUGUUGCAUGUAUCAGUAGUUCAUUCUUUCUGCUGCCAAGCAGCACUCCGUGGUGUGGUUGUGUGGAUAGAGCUGUUUAUCCAUCCCCCACUGAAGGAUCCUUGGGUAUUCCCCAUUUAGAGCGUAUAAGAAUAAAGCACCUGUAAACAUGUAACUACAGGCUGUUUCGUGAACCUCACCUUUCAGUUCUUUUAAACGGCUCAGUGGCAUUGCUGGGUCACUAGUAGUCCUAAUUUUUUAAGAAACUGCCAAAAUGUUUUCCACAGUAGUUGAAUGGUAUUCCAUUCCCACUGGCAACAUGUGAAUUUGGUUGCUGUAGAUCCUCUCCAGUCUUCAUAUUGUCUGGUACUUUUAGUCCAGCUAUUUUAGUAGAGAUGCAAGUGUUCAUGAUCUCAAGUUGUAUUUCAUAUUUACCGUGACUUGAUCAUUUCUAUUUAAAGUUUCCCUGAGAGUCUAAGGGCAUGACUGCCCCUGAAAUCAUAAUUUCCAUUCAGAGUCUCUAGGAAGAAUCUUUUCUUUUCUGUCCCCUACUUAACUCCCUCCAAGCCCAGUGGGACAUAGCCCUUUGGGACCAGGAUGCAGCUAUGUAGUGGAGGAUUUGUCUGUCAUAUAUGAGGCCAUGGGUUCCAUCCCCAGCACCACCAGGGAAAAAAAAAAAAUCACCUUUCAAAGACCCUUCCUCAGUCCCUCUGUUCUUAC